AUGGUGACCGAUCAGCAAGACUCGUCUGAGAUGUUCAAGCAAAUGGUCAAAGAUGGCUUUGGUGUCGGUGUGAUUCCGUUGCUCAACGUCAGCAGUAAUAUCUUACCCAAGGUGAUUGAUUAUUGCAGGAAACACGUCGAGUUUGAUUCCAAGAAGAAGAUGGACGAUCCUAAUGAAAUGGCUGCCAACUACCUUCAUAUCAAAGGGUUGCUGGAUUUGACUUGCCAGAAGGAUUCUUCAAAAGGCUCAGCUUAUGUUAGGAAAUUUGUGAGAGAUAGUUGA